AUGAAGCCCGUUCAUCACCGCCUAAACCUGUACAUAGACGGGCAGGAGACGUAUACGUUCGUUCCCGUUGAGCCAGUUGGGGCCCGCUCCUUGACGGUGUAUCGGAACUCUGGGGACAUCGUGCUCAAUGCGCCGAACACCCCCCUACCUUCCAAUGCUGAACGGUCCGUGAAGACGAUAUAUGGCAUCUACGGGAUGAUCACGCUUGCCAUGUCUGAAUACAUUAUUGUCGUCACGGGCCGCGAGCUGCGCGGCCACAUCAUGAGACAGAACAUCUACCGGGCUACAGAGUAUGAUAUCCUCCCCCUUAACCCUGAUGUCUCUGUCACUACACCGCCCAAUGCUGUGGAAGCACACCUUUUGGCCCUUGUUCGCUCGCACCUUCAAGGCGGCACGUUCUUUUUCAGUUACGCGUGGGAUAUCACCCGGAGACUACAAGCGCAGUGGAGCACUCUGUCGCAGGAUGGCGAUAAAGCGCUUUGGGAAAUUGCGGACGACAGGUUUUUUUGGAACAAGUACCUCCACAAUAGGUUCAUCGACAUCACGUCCACCAACCCCGAUCAGAAUCUGAGCCCAUAUAUCCUUCCGGUCAUGUACGGCACCUUCGACAUCCGACCUGUCCGUAUCAGUAUCUACCAGCUCCGCCUUUGUCUCAUGAGCCGACGCUCCCGCUACCGCGCAGGAACGCGCUAUUUCCGUCGUGGCGUGGAUGCUGACGGUCAUGUAGCGAACUUCAAUGAGACGGAGCAGAUCCUACUCGUCGGUGACGAAUCCGGUACGCAGCUCAGCUUCGUGCAGAUUCGCGGAAGUAUUCCAGUGUACUGGGCGGAAGUCAAUACCCUGCAGUACAAGCCAGAUCUCCAGGUCAUGGAGCUUCACGACACUGUUGCCGCUAUGCGAGCGCAUCUCCACGAAACGAACACGCUGUACGGAGAACACAGCCUGGUCAAUUUGGUGAACCACAAGGGUUACGAGAAGCCCGUCAAGGAGGCGUUCGAGAAGCAUUUCGCUCAGGCAAACGUGCCGAAAGCGAAAUAUGAGUACUUCGACUUCCACUCCGAGUGCAAGAAUAUGAAGUGGGAUCGUAUCAGUAUCCUCAUCGCCAAGCUUGAGGAAGACUUGAUCCACCGAGGGUACUUCCAUCUGGACUCGAACAAGCCGGAGCCUGUCAAACUUCAAAACGGUGUUGUUCGGACGAACUGUAUGGACAACUUGGAUCGUACCAAUGUGGCACAAUCUGCUAUCGCCAAGUGGACGCUCGACCGUCAGUUGAAGGACCUUCGGGUGAUUCAAGAGAACGAUUCAAUCGACAACUAUGACGAGUUGACCCAUGACUUCCGCGAAAUGUGGGCGGAUCAUGCCAACGCGAUAUCCGUUGCCUACAGCGGUACAGGAGCUCUGAAGACAGAUUUUACCCGCACGGGCAAACGAACCCGCAAGGGGCUUCUAGAGGAUGGGUGGAACUCCGUCGUGCGUUAUCUCAAAAAUAACUUCUUCGACGGCACUCGACAGGACGCCUUUGAUCUCAUGACAGGUGCAUGGUGGCCGCGCCGAGGGUGGAAUCCCACCACGUUGAUCGUCGAUCAGCGACCGCUCCUCAUCCGUGCGCCUCCGUACAUCCUCGGGUUCUCGCUGUUCAUGAUUUGUGCGGGCAUGACGCUCCCACGUACAAGCGACUACUCACUCCUGUACUAUUUCUUGGUCUGGUUUUUCCUCGCCUUGGUAUCGCUGCUGUUCGUUUUCAUUCACGGCAUCGAAUACGUCAACUGGCCGCGGCUCCGGCCCCUCACCAACAUCAUAUACUACGAGGGUCCGGGCUUCCGGUCUGGCCACCACGGCAAGGGGCUUGGCUUGCCCCUUGAGAAAUCCAAGACCGCUGCGCAUUCUGAAGAACAUCGGCGUGCAAAGAGCAAGAAACUAGACGAGAUCGAGAUGGGGACAAAGGAGCGUGUGGAUUGA